AUGCUCUAUGCCCGAUGCCAGGAUAUGCAGGUCUUUCUCCUCCUCCUCCUCUCUCUCUUGACAGGGUCCUUGGGGCCCGGGCUGGGCGCCAGCCCCUUGGCAUGCCCUUCCUCCUGCAAGUGCUCUGGGGACGCCAUCAUCUCCUGCAAGAGAGUCGGGCUUAGGAGCCUCCCGAAGGAGAUUGCGGCCUCCACCAUUUCCCUGAACCUCUCCCACAACUUCCUGCGCCUCCUGACGGGGGAUGCCUUCAGCAACCUGACUUACCUGAACAGCCUCUGGCUCGACCACAACAACCUGACGUUCCUGUACCCGGGGGCCUUCAAGUCUCUGUGCAACCUGAGGGUGCUCUACCUCAGCAGGAACCCCAGGCUGACUUACCUGCACGCCAACACCUUCGAAGGCCUCCGGAACCUCAUCAGCUUGGACUUAUCCCACUGCAACCUCUUCGAGAUCCACCCCUUUGUCUUCACCCACCUGCCCUCGCUGGAAGCGCUCAACCUGACCGCCAACAACAUGCGCUACGUCCCGGAAGCUUUCCGCAGCUUGACCCGCCUCACGAGGCUCUCGCUGGAGAGGAACCACAUCGAAGCCAUCGGGAGGGACUCCUUUCAGGACCUGGGAGCCCUGAAGGAACUCAACCUCCGGAAGAACCGCAUCUGGACCAUCCAGAGGGAUGCCUUCUUUCAACUGGGCAGGCUGGGCGUGUUAAAUUUAGGACACAACCGCCUCUCCAAUUUGCCUAAUCAGCUUUUCAGUGGAUUAACUCGGCUCAGGACGAUGCACCUGGAAGCCAACCAGCUCACCGAGAUCCGCUGCCCUUUUAGCAGCCUCCACAGCCUGCGGAAGCUGUACCUCAACAACAACCGCAUCUUCUCCAUCGCCGGCUCUGCUUUCUCCCCCUUGGGGGAACUGGACUUCCUCCAUUUGAGCCGGAACAACCUUAGCCGCCUCCCUAGUCACCUCUUGGUGGGUCUACCCAAGCUGAGGUACAUCUUCUUGUCUCAGAACCCCUGGGAGUGUGACUGUGCCAUGCUCCGCUUGGCCACUUGGCUUUUGUCCUACCAAGGGGUCAUUGAGGGCCUCCAAUGUGCCUCUUUGAUGGAUCGUAACAUGUCCCUCCUUGAUCUCUUUGAUCAGGACACCUUAUCCAGCUGUCCUCCGCCAUCGGGACCCGUCAGAGAAGAGGACUGUGAAGGGUCCUACCAAAACAGGGCACCCCGUUUCUUUGCCACAUUUGAGAAGAUGCUGUGCAUUCUUCUGACCUGUUGGUGCUCGGCUGCUUUCUCCGUAGUGACGACCAGGUGCCACUGCAACUGA